UAUAGAAAUCCGCGAGCUCCGCCUGUCAGGCAAUGUUUUCAUAACUAUCCUGCCACUUUCGCAACGGUUGUCGACGAGCAGUGAGACAAAGAUCACCUGACAGACUUUACUCAGGAAACGUAUACACACAAAGAUAACUGUGUAUUGAUUGAAUCUUUUACAAGAUCAAUGCAGUCGCUGGUGUGCUGCUGAGCAAGUAUUAGCUGUCUUCAUUAAGGAAAGGUAUGCUCUUCGUUAGAACUUGCAAACAAGCGGGAUUCAGAUUCCCCUUUAAAACUAAUGUUGGUUUAUUUCAGGCUGCUGCUAGUACUUGUGGUCUGUCAAACGUAAGCAUCAUGCUGGCACAGCAGGCGGAUCGGGUCAUGGCACUCGGAGAAUGGGAGGAGCGCUGGCAGGAGGACAGAAUUGGUUUCCAUCAGCCUCAUGUACACAAGAUGCUGGAGAACCACAUUGAUAAAGUUCUUGCAGGACGAACUGGAGUUCGCUUCUUCUUCCCUCUCUGUGGGAAAGCUGUAGAUAUGAAGUGGCUAGCAGACAUGGGCCACUCGGUGGUUGGGGUGGAGAUAUCUGAAAAGGCUAUAAAACAGUUCUUUGAGGACAACAAUAUGACCUACAGUGAGGAGCCUGUCCCUGCCCUACCUGGAGCAAAGGUUUUCAAGGGCUCAGAGAGAAAUAUCUCCCUGUAUCAAUCUGACCUGUACAACUUCUCCAGCACCAUUGGGGGUCAUUUUGGGGCCAUUUGGGACAGGGGAUCUCUAGUGGCCAUCAACCCAAGAGACAGAGAAAAGUAUGCUGCACUCAUCAUUUCUCUUAUGGCCAAAGACUGCAGAUACCUUUUGGAUACGAUGUUGUACAAUCCUGAAUUGUACGAAGGUCCUCCCUUUUUGGUGCCUGACGACCAAGUGAACAGCCUGUUUGGGAAAAGCUGUGACGUGGAACUGCUGGAGUCUUUUGAUUCUCUGACAGACAGACAGCGAGGCUGGGGGCUGGACUAUCUAGAUGAACGUGUACAUCUUAUCACUCCAAAGAGCAUUUAAACAAGUUUCGAGAGCUUAGAAAAGCAGAUCUUAGGCAUUUAAAUGCAAAAACUGUUAUUUUUUGUAAUGCUUACACAUCUUUUUAAUAGUAACAUGCAAUGCUGGUGGGGGAACAAAUCUGCAAAGAAAUAUCAUGUCAAGAGAAUAUUUUUGAAUGCCUGAUUAAAUAAAACGUAUGUUAUGACUAGA